AUGUGUUUGGCCCUACCUCCAGUCAGGGCUGCAGCAAAAGGUGCGAAGAGGACCGAAGGCAAGAGAAGGCAAGAGAAGGCGAAGAAUGAUGAGAUGAUAAGAAUGCUGAAAAAAGAGCUAGUGCAGGUGAAGAAUGGAGUUCCUCAAAUUGUCGAGGACACAUUGAAGAGGCUAGGAGUUACUUUGCCAGAGUCCUCAAGUGUAAGUGUUUGUUACUAUUUUUGA